AUGAGUCAGAACCUAAAAGGGGUUAGUAGACCUACUCUCGCUGAAAUUCUUGCUGGAAAGCAUGUUUCUAAUACAGCAGAUGAAAGAAGCAUUUCUGGAGACUCUCAUCGUUCUUAUUUGUCUGAACUAAAUUCUGCUCAAUUGCCACAUAGUGACGUAAAGAAUAGCGGUAACAAUCAAUCUAGAAGGGAUGGUAAAUCUAACAGUAAUCCUUUAGAAGUGGAAAAAUCAAAUCAACAGAAGCUAAAUCAUUUACAAAAGAGGCAAUUAAGGGCUAUAUUUGACGAAGAGAAUGGUGUUAGACGUGAUAAUAUUUUAAACCUAUUAGAAAAAUUAGGUAUACAACCUUUACCUAACAAAACCUUCUUGGAAUCCUACUUUAAGGCUACUAAUGAUUCUCAAUCUUCAUUGUCUGUGGCUCAGUGGAUUUCUCUUGUAGAAGAUUUAUUUAAUUUACAAGAAAAUACUGGAGAUAAUGGUGGAAAAAAUAACGGUUCAAACAAAAGUAAAAAAAAUAAUACCGGAAUAAAAAAGGAUCAUGUGGAUUUUCAUUCAGAAUCUUUUUCAAAAUCUCCACUUACAAAUACUUUACCUUAUGAUAAUAAUCAGGAUGAAGUCAAAAGUAAUACUGGCUCUGUUUUGCACACUACUAUUGGAUCAAAUCGUACAUCUGUUAAAGGAAAUGAAAUGUGGCUUACUGGAACUGAAGAAAUGGAUGCUGCACUGAUAAAACUAUUUAUUCAUUGUGGGGCUUUAGAUCGAAGAGGUAGGGGAAUUGAAUUAUUCCUAGAAGAUUUUAGACGUAUGGCUGAUCUUCGACAAAACACAUUACCACCAAGACGAAUUGUAUGGGAAGCAGCUUCUUCAUUAGCUUCUUGGUGUGUCUCAGAUCCAUCUAGUAGUAAUACUCCAACAGGGGAUUUGUGUAUGACAAUUGGACAAUUUUUGGCUCUUUUACAAGAAGAAGUUCAAACUAUUACAAUAAAACUUCGGGAAGGUGAUACAAAAAAUACUUCUCUUCCUGUAGUUUCUAUGGUUCUCGCAGCAAUAUCUCCAGAACCAAUGAAACGUUUAUGUGGUACUGAAAUUGUUGAAUACCUUAGAAAUCCUGCAACUGUAAAGUAUGUAUUAAAGACACUAGAACCUGUGGGUAGAUCCUCAUCACAUGUUACGAAUCCAACAUCACUUUUUCAAGAAAAACCAAGUAUAGCUACGAGACUUUUUUCUACACCUACAAGAUCACCUUCAUUACCACCUCGACCGAAUCCACCUAACCGAUCGCAGAAUAAUUUACCUAAUGGUGAGGUUACAAAUUCUCAUUUAAUGUAUGGUGAGGGUUCAGGAUCUAGUACAGUUGCUAUUGAAAAAAAAGGACGUAUGGGAUCUUCUUCCGUUGGAUCUCGUUCUUCUUCAACUUUGCGUAGUGAUCGUCAAAAGUCUGAAAUUCCACGCUAUAUGGAACCCAAACCUAUGGAUGAAAUUUCUGCCUCUAUUAUAGCAAGGUCUAAAGCUAGAAGAGUUAUAGAUGAACUCCGAAAGAAUACUAUUCCUAUUAACCGUUAUGAAUGUUUUGCAAGAAUUGAAUUUGUACAACAAGCAUUAUUUGAUGAAGCUAAUCUUGGGAAUGACAACAGUAACAGUGAUGAUGAUGAAGAUGAGGAUGAUGUUAAUGGAACAAAUGUAGGAACUACAAAUGGGAGUACUCUUCGCAAUCGCAAUCGUUAUUUACGACGAAAAGUAAACCCCCCAGAUGUUAGUGGUCCAUUGCUUCCUGGAAUGCAUAGAAUGGGUGGAAGUGGACUUGCACAACCUCGUAAAGCUCGUCAAGAGACAUUUGAACGCCUUUAUAGAUCUCGUUUUGGCUACAUGACUAGUAGUAACGGUUUACUAAUGCAGCGGUCUGCCUCUUUACCAAAUCCAGCGCCUUCUAGAUCUCGAAGUGUGACGGAUCCCACAACACAUACACCUGGGCAAUUUACAACCAUGAAGAGAGAAACUUCCACUCCAAUGUUGCCCAGAGAAGAAGCAUCCAUACAUUAUACUUUAGAAAACGCACCACCAGUACCACACGUAACAGUACCAUUACCACAGGGGCAUCGCCGUAUGUCUUCACAAAAUAUUCGACACGAUUCCCGGCCGCACCUCAUGUUGGCAGAUAUUUAUCCUACACCAUUCCUUGGAGUUUCAAGGGGAUCUGAUAGACCUUCUUCUCAUAACUCCGCCAGCAAUAUAAGUAUAACGGUGAAUAGUAACAAGGCGCAUUAUCAGACAUUUAAACGGGGGAGUACUACUGAUUCACAAAAUAGCAGAUCAUUUUUACAAAACAGUUCUGCGCAACUGUUUUGA